AUGACCGUUGCUGUAGAGGAUCUUGAAGACAAGGAUCUGGAUGAAUUAAUUGCAAAUGGAUCUUUGGAUGCGGUAAAGCAAGAAAGCGUUGACCCUGAGACCAUGAUUCAGUAUUAUCGCCAUUUGUUUCCUUGGCGGUUACUGUUUCAAUGGCUGAAUCAUGGUCCUGUUCCUCAAAAGGAUUUUACAAAUCGAGAAUUUGCAUUUACUUUACCAAAUGAUGCAUACCUGCGAUACCUGUCAUUUCAAUCCUGGGAAGAAUUAAAAAAAGAAGCCAUUGGCAUGUGCCCAAGCAGAUUUGAAAUUGGACCGGUGUAUAGUAUGAAUCCAAGGGAUAGAAAAACUUUGAGGAAGGCCUCAUUUCACCCGUUGCAAAAGGAAUUGGUUUUCGAUAUUGAUAUGACUGACUACGACGAUGUUCGUACAUGUUGCUCCAAAACAAACAUUUGUGAAAAGUGCUGGUCUUUCAUUACAGUUGCUGUCCAAAUUAUAGAUGUUGCUUUGCGUGAAGAUUUUGGGUUUAAUCAUAUUCUCUGGGUUUAUUCUGGUCGACGUGGUAUUCACGCUUGGAUUUGUGACGAGACGGCUCGUUCCAUGGAUGAUCGUUCCCGAAAAAUGAUCGCUGGAUAUCUACAAGUUGUUGCAGGAAAUCCGCAAGGUGGUGUACGGAUCCUCAAUAACUUAAAACGCCCCCUGCAUCCUCAUCUGUCUCGUUCUCUUGACAUUCUCAAGGCUGUUUUUGCUAAGGUCGUGUUGGAAGACCAAGAUCCAUGGGUUUCUCAAGAAGGUUUAGAAAGUCUUUUGAAACUGUUGCCUAGUGAACCAUUAGCUUCUGCACUCCGAAAAAAAUGGGAGGUGGAUCCCGGACGCGCUAGCAUAAAGAAAUGGUCAGACAUUGAUGCAGCAAUUGCAUCCGGAAAUUUUGACCUUUCUCCUAAUGUUAUUGCACAUGCAAAACAAGACAUCGUCCUGACAUAUCUAUACCCAAGAUUAGAUGUCGAAGUCUCCAAGCACUUAAACCACCUCCUAAAGUCUCCCUUUUGCGUUCACCCAGGAACUGGACGGGUUUGUGUCCCUAUUGAUAUUGAUGGUAUGAACAGCUUUAACCCUCUCCAUGUUCCCACUGUACAUACUUUGUUAAACCAGCUUGAUCAACAAUCCGCUACUCAAUCGAAUAUUGUACAGGAUCCUCCCUCUGCUCCAUCCUCUGUUGAAGAUUCAAACGCCGCCUCCUCUACGGCCUCUGUUUCCACAGAUCUUGAUCCUUAUACAGCGUAUUUCAGAUCUUUCAGUAAUAAUCUCUUCAAAUCCACUACACAUAACAAACGAAAGGCUGACCCUCUAGAUUUUUAA